AAAACGUUGUUGUUGUUCCGUCGCUUCCGUUACGUAGUUUACAGCGAGGAGCGGAGGCUACAGAAUGUCGCUGUACGAUGAUCUCGGCGUCGGUGCCAGUGACACCAAGACAGAAGGCUGGUCCAAGAACUUCAAGCUGUUGCAGUCGCAGCUGAAGGUGAAGAAGGCGGCUCUGACCCAGGCUAAGACCCAGCGGGUAAAGCAGACCACAGUUCUGGCUCCUGUCAUCGAUCUGAAGAGAGGAGGAAGCGGUGAUGAUCGGCAGAACAUCGACACUCCUCCACACGCAGCAGCUGGACUCAAGGAUGCCACCCCCAGCGGUUUCUCCGCCGGCGACGUGCUCAUCCCCUUGGCCGACGAGUACGACCCCAUGUUCCCCAACGACUACGAGAAGGUGUUGAAACGCCACCGAGAGGAGCUUCAGCGCAAAAGAGAGCAGGAGCGACAGAAGGAGAUAGAAGAGAGGGAAAAGAGGAGGAAAGAACGGCACGAAGGGGGCGCUCCAAGCGGCUUCUCUCGUUUCCCGGCAACAGAGGAAGAUUCAGACGAUGAGGAGGAGUACGAGAAAGAGUGGAGGAAAAGAAGUAUGGGUGGAGCAGCUAUUGCCCCUCCAUCGUCACUUGUGGACAAAGAUGGCUCCUCAAUUUCCCACGAAGACGAGGGUCGUCCUGCCCGAGGCUCGAAGGCGGCCAUCCCUCCACCGAUGUACGACGACUCCGACCGGCCGCGCUCACCGCCUCUACCAUCCAGCUCGUUCUUGGCGAACAUGGGAGGCACCGUGGCCCAUAAGAUCAUGCAGAGGUACGGCUUCAAAGAAGGUCAGGGUCUGGGGAAGCACGAGCAGGGCCUGAGCACGGCGCUGUCUGUGGAGAAGACCAGCAAGAGAGGCGGGAAGAUCAUCGUGGGCGACGCUGCAGAAAAACCAGGGCCCAGCCUGUUAGUUGGUCCUGAGACUUCAAGCCCUGCAGCGGACGCUUCCAAGAAGUCCGACGCAAACCCGCUCACGGAGAUUCUGAAGAACCCAACCAAAGUGGUUCUGCUGAGGAACAUGGUGGGCAGAGGAGAAGUGGACGAAGACUUGGAGGGAGAAACUAAAGAAGAGUGCGAGAAAUAUGGCAAAGUGAUUAAAUGUGUCAUUUUUGAGAUUGCAGAAGUGCUGGAUGACGAGGCCGUCAGGAUAUUCCUGGAGUUUGAGCGCGUGGAGUCGGCCAUCAAAGCCGUUGUGGAUCUCAAUGGUCGUUACUUCGGAGGACGAGUCGUCAAGGCCUGCUUCUACAAUCUAGACAAGUUUCGGGUUCUGGAUCUGGGCGAGCAGGUGUGACGUCACCGACGGACACCAGGAGUUCACGUCGACCCCAUUUGUACAUUUAUUUUUUAUAUAAAUAUGUCCCAAACUUCAAUGUGUAGUACUAACAAGUCCAUCUUCAAGUGUUUCUUUCUGUCAAGACAAAAUAAAAGGUGUAAAGGAUAA